AUGACUGUAUCUGCCAGCAAGGAUGUUAUACGCUGCGCAAAGCAGAUAUAUAACCAUCUAGGGUUGCGCCACCGUAUCAGUCUUCUCUCAAACCAAGACUCCCAACCACAAGAAGUCAUUCAGCUGGAGACCCUGCAUUCAAUAGAUCAACAAAGCUUAAAUAGCGUUGUCAAGGCAUUCUUACAAUGGUCCCCUCCAGAAGGUGUAAAGAAGACAAUUCAGGAUCUCAUUGCUAGAGUUGAAGACGCAAUUGUGGAAUUAUGUGGUGCACCGGACGAUGAACUUUUAAGCGAUGAUCCUUUAGACCAUGACAUACAACAAGACGAUGACAUACUAUUAGACGAUGACAUGCUACUAGACGAUGCCAUGCUACUGGACGAUGAAAUACUAUUAGACGAUGCUCUAAUAGAAGAUGAGCCUCUAGAAGAUGAUCUAUUUGAUGGUCUCUUUGGCAAAAUCGAAUUUGAUAGUAUUUUUGACGACGAAUUUGAUAUGCCAACCACGCCAUCCCAGCAAGCUCAGUGUACUGUUAAAAGAGCUCUCCCGGAUAAAAAGAUCCCUGAAGCCAAGAAGAGCCGAAAGGAGUCAGCAUUCCAUCCCCAUCCUCCCCCUUCCCCCCCACGACUAUUUCACGACGAAGACGAUAUGCAAUCACCUCCAGAAUCUACACCACCACUUUCACCUUUUAGUGAUGCAUGCAGCCUAGAGACCAACACGGCAGAAAAUACAAUAUGUAGCUUAAGCAACAGUUCAAGAUGCUUUGAUAACGUUCCAUGGCUCAUCCAGUUCGAGAUUGCUCGUUUCCUCUACCAAUACCGCUUGAAGAUGAAAGAUUUGACAUUUGAAGCCCUCCAAAAGUUCUUUGCUGUAAUCAAGGUCGAUCCACGUCAACUCUAUCAAGUCAUGCUGUCGUGGUAUAAUACCAAGCAAGGCAAAUCACCAACAGACCACUCCUCGUAUGCCCUGAUGGAGAGUUGCUCUGAUCAGGUGUGGAAUCAUCUGGAGAGUAAUACAAAGAACAGAAUGAUACAUUACGGUGCUAUUGUAAAGCUCUCGACCACCGAACCCCCAAAGAUGCUCCUCAGAGCACCGACCGUUGGUGCUUCUAACCGAUUCUUUCGUAAAUAUGGCCAAGAUCGCUUUUUGGAAAUGAAAUUGAGCAAACAUUCCGAUCCAUCCCUCAUUCAGCAGCAAAAGGAGUUUUUCCUAAAGCCGUUUAUAGUAAUGGGCCGUACAUUUGAGUUCCUGUUUAUCAAAGACAAUACAUUGAUUCUGUUUGCUACCAAAGGUCCAAAGCUUGAGGAAAUACCUAUCUUCCAAGUCAUCCGAUGGCAUAUUCCAAUAGAGGAGAACUACAAAAUGCCACUAAACAAAUUCGCUAGUCGUAUGACACUUGGAUACAGUAAUAGUAUCCCGACCCUUUUGUUCUCCAAAGAAAGUAUUCGCUACGUGGAUGACAUAUAUUCUGAUAAAAAUGGUGAAGAGGAAACUUGUAUGACAGACGGCUGUGGUAUUAUCUCAUGUGCAGCUAUGCGGAAAAUCAUGCAACUAGAAGGCAAAGACGACGUUCCGUGCGCGAUCCAAGGUCGUAUUGCAGGUGCAAAGGGCAUUUGGAUCUUAUCUCCUGAGCUAGACUUUACUUCUGGUGAAUGGAUCGAAAUCAGAAAGUCUCAAAAUAAAUUUAAAACCGGCGUGCUUCAAAAGGACGCCAGCAUUGACCCCUUGCACUAUACCUUUGAUCUGGUCAAACGUUCUGUUUGCGUUUAUCCCGCCAGUCUGAACACCCAGUUUAUCCAGUGUCUUUCUUCAGGUGGCGUACCCACCGAGGUUUUUGUUGUCUUACUCCAAGAUUACCUGCAUCGCCUUUCGUCCGUAAUUACAGGCAGCAAGGAUAUCAAAUUACUUCGUGAUUGGGUUGUCAAGGAGGGAAAUCUGAUGAGAACUCGACUUGAUGCAGAUAUCGUGGAAAAGGGGUUGUGGGUUGAAAGGGCAAAAGAAGAAGAUACAUAUGUUGAAUGGGACACAGAAGAUACAGAUGACGUUGUAAAUAUCAGCCCCCUCGAAACACAAUGGAGAAUAAACAAAUACUCUGGAUUUCCAGCCAUGUCGCACGAAGCAAUCGUACGUCUUAUUGACUCUGGAUUCGACUUGACAAACAAAUUCGUGGCCGGAAGGGUAACUCAAGUCUUCCGUGAUGCCAUGCGAAACUUGACAACGAAAUACAAAAUUGAAAUCCAGCAAUCAUGUAUGGCAACCUGUAUUCCUGAUCCCAGUGGGACUCUAAAAGAAGGCGAAAUAUUUAUACAGCUGUCUAGUCGACGCGUUGAGGAACUGACGGGUAUCAAGGCAGGAGUUAUUACCGGAGAUGUGGUCGUGACCCGCAAUCCAUGUGGUCUUCAAAGUGAUGUACAAAAGGUUGUUGCUGUUGACUGUCCGGCCUUGCAGAUAUAUACAGAUUUAAUUGUAUUUUCUAUUAAAGGAGAAAGAUCGUUAGCAAGUAUGCUAGGUGGUGGCGACUAUGAUGGUGAUAUUGUAUUUUGUUGUUGGGAUCAACGUGUGGUUGAGCCGUUUAAAUCUUCUCCUGUGCCUCCUAUACCUAUCAGAAUGAAGGGUACCUUUGUUCAAAACAACACACCCGUAAGAGCACUCUUGAGUCACACGAGAGAUCCUGUAAAACAUGGAACCAUAUUUCAAAAGCACUUCAUAUCCAUUUCUUCCCCUGAUUCUAUUCUCGGUACCUAUGAGAACUGGCGAACAGUAAUGGCAGAAGUAAAAUCUCUCGAGGAUAAGAAUGUAAUCUACCUAGCCCUCAUGUGUGCCAAACUUGUGGAUGCGUCUAAGCAAGGUCUUACCAUCAAAGACGAGGUACUGAAACGCGAUCAAAUUGAAUUCCAAAGUUUAAAGAAGCCACGGUGGUUUCUCGACAAACGAAAUAAGAUGAGGUACAAGGAUUUUGUGGUGGGAGAAUCAGAAGGCACGGGAAAAGGCCAGCAUAGACCACAGACAACUAUGGACCACUUGUUUGUCACCUUACUCAAAGAAACUGAUACGUUUGAGAAGCACACCAAAGGCUUGACGACGAACAAUAAGUCUUCUUUGAUUGACUCUGACUUGGCUGAAUAUUGGACAAAUAUGUAUAAUACGGCCAAGAAAAAUGAUGACACCAAUCUUCUGGAGGAUCUUGAGUUUAUCAAGAAGAAAAUUGAUGAGUGUGUGGACGCGUAUAACAAACACUGUAAGCAAAUACGAGUGAGACGAUAUGGAAGAGUAAAAAAGUCUGCGCCUGUGAAUGAUGAAGAAAAGUUCAGUACGACUUUUGACUUGGAGGAACAUUUUUCCAGUAUAUACCAUGGAAUCACGUCAACAAAGUCUCAAGUCUUAAGAUACGAUGCUAGAUUCAAUGGUGGGCAGAUUAUGGGGGCGAUUAAGGCUAGCUAUGCUUACAUCUGUACAAUCGAUAAUGGCAAAUUCUCAAACUACUGUUAUGUGGUCGCAUUUGAUGAAAUCCGUCGACUGAAGGCAGACGCAUCAACAAGACCUUUCAAGGAAAACGGUCUUUCCGAAAGUAUGUCUCCUGAACUGUACAUAGCUAUGAACGUAGAUCGUUCAUGGAUGAGACGCCUUAAUGCAAGCAUUAUGGCUAAAGAAAUGGAAAAGGCAAAAAAUAAUAAGUCGAAAGCAUUAGAUACGUCGUCUAAACUUGGCGCAAGAGCAUGA